AGCCGAUAACGAUUAUGCUACAAGCUUCAUCAAUUGCUCGGUUUUACCCGGAGCUUCUACAUUUUUAAACGCAUUCGUUGGAUUCGCUCUCCACCACCAUGCUGGCGACUAUUCACAAAGUCUUGCUCCGUAGCCAUUUGGCGUGUGUCUUCCCUAGGCCUCAUCCAACAAUUGUACCAAAAUACGGCAUUUGGAAUAGUCGAAACGUAUCCCACUUAGUCCAUCCUCUAACAGCCACGGAGCAAAUUUCCCAAAAUCAAGCGGGGGAGACUGCUACCACGACAAACAUCAAAGUUGUUGGUUGGAUUCGUUCGAUACGGCGGCACAAAACGAGGAUAUUUUUCGAUGUUUCCGAUGGAUCCACACCCAUCAACCUACAGGUUGUGUCCUCGCCUGAUCUGAUAACUGACCGUGUACGGGUUGGUUGUGCGGUAUCCAUCGAAGGACAGUUAGUCGAAGGUCGAAGUCCACCGUCGAAUUCGGACCACAUAAUCGAUCUGAAAUCACAUCAAGAAUUGCAUGCCCACACAAUUCAGGUCCUGGACCCCGAACCUGUCGAGUCACGUGUUCCACCGAAGGUGAUUGAGGGGACACUGGGUGUUCAGACACCACGUCCCGAUCUAGGGCUCCUCCGAUCCGAAACUGGGCUUGCUUGGCGUCAUCGACUUCCAGAGUUUGCCGCUAUGUUGAGGUUACGUGCUCAGGUCAAAUCCUUGGUUCAUGAUGUCAUGCGACAAUUAGGAUACCUUGAGGUUGACACACCGAUCUUGACCACAGCAAACUGUGAAGCAAACAGCGAGACGUUCAUCGUUAAACCAGGCACAAUGCGGUCGAAAUGGAACUCCGAAGCUGUUGUUCAGCCUCCUGUUUAUCUUACUGGAAGUGCUCAGCUGCACUUGGAAGCACUAGUUCUUGGACUGGGUAAGGUCUACACCCUCGGCCCAGCUUUCCGCGCGGAAUCCUCGAACACGCGACAUCAUCUGGCUGAGUUUCACAUGCUUGAGUUGGAAUCGGUUCACUUGAGAUCCGUGGAUCUCUUAUGUGACGAAAUUGAAACAGUUAUUCGUCUAAUAAUUGGGGAAUUUUUGGAGCUCGUCCAAUCCACUGCGGGGCAAGCAGGAACCAUUCAAGGAAAAAGUGACUUGGCACAUAUUGAUUUGGCUUCUGUACAAUCCAGCCUCAGCAGCGAGCAGAAUUGGGCACGGCUUCCUUAUCCCGGAACUCUGGAUACUUCGUGUCUGAUUGAGCCACUGUCACAGAUGAAAUCCCUAUUAUCGAGACCUUUCGUAAGAAUUACCUUCGAGGACGCCUUGCACCACUUAUGUGAGCGAUUUGGAGCACGCCACCCAACGGAAGACUUCACUAAAGAAGAAGAACGUCACAUUGUGCAGUGGUUCGGUGAGUCCCGGCCGGUAUUCGUCACCGAUUUCCCGGCCUCUCUGAAGCCAUUCUACUGCCUUUCUUCUGAUGGAGUACGGGCAGAAGCAGCUGAUCUACUUUUCCCAGAUGUUGGAGAACUGGUGGGCGGAAGUGUUCGUGAGACAGACGAGUCCGUAUUGCGCCAACGGUUGUCAACAAAUUCACCGGAGCUGUGCGCAAACGAGUGGUAUUGUGGUCUGCGUGGACUUGGCAGUGCACCACAUGGGGGAUUCGGACUCGGGUUCGAACGGCUUUUGCAAAUUCUCCUCGGUGUACACAAUAUUCGAGAUGUUACUCCCUUCCCCAGGGUAAUGAAUAAAAUCGUUCUAUGAUACUUGCUUGAUUUAGUUGUUUGUUUCUGCG